AGACCGCUAUAUCGAUUUUGCACUUCUACGUGGCAUGUUUAAAACAACGCAUCGGGUUCCGUAAAAAAGACAUGAAGUUCAUAAUUUCCCGCUUCCAGAUCAUCCUCUAUCACUGCGCCCCCCAAAAUGUAGAAAGUAUGUGCACUUCUAGUAUAACAGAAAAGGUACAAAGUUUGGAAAUAUUCCGUCAGAGAACAGCACUUAGUUCGUUUAUAUAGCGCGUUUGGCCACAUGCGUGUUAACAGUGAUGAGCAGAUAGGAGUCAUAAACGGUCCUUCAAUUUAUCGGUCCGUUUAAAAGCAAUUGGUUUUCCCAAUGAAACUAGUUUCGACGGACCAAUCACAUUAUUCCACUGUGUUUACUGUCCGGCUGACUGGUUGACUAUUGAAAAACAAAACGAACGCGUUAACGACGUAACUAGUCGACCAAUGCGACACGACAUUCCUGAAGCCGAAGCAGUAUUACCAAGUAUAACCAAGUAUUACGAAUACCCUUGGCGAGCAGCGCGACCCUCCUUGGGAGCAAAUUGAAAAUCGGGGUUGGCGAGUGUAUGUACGUAGCCGGAUAUUUGCUCACAUCUAAUCGAAUAAUUAACGAAUAUUUUCAUAUUGAGACAGUUACGUGAACGGUCGACAAUAAAAUAAGAAUAACUUGAGGCAGAGAGUCGGCUGAGAGCGCGGAGCAGGUGCUUUUACAAGCGCCAUUUUUCGCGGCGAGACAACUGACGACGAAUCUUUUUCGGAAGUCAGGGAGAUAAUUCCCUUCAAAACCUUCAAGAAUGGCGGAAGAUCCUGAUACUUUGACGCUUGACGAAUGUGAUUUUGAAGUGGUAGACGAAUGUAUGGAAGAUGAAGAGUCACAGGUAGAUAAGAACACGAGUCAAUCCAGUGUUAAAGAAAAUAAAGAAUCUCCUCAACAAGCUCAAGAGGUUCAAGAAGUUAAAGAAGUUGAACAAAUUCAAGAAGUUGAAGAAGCUGAACAAAUUCAAGAAGUUAAAGAAGUUGAACAAAUUCAAGAAGUUCCAGAAGUUGAACGAAUUCAAGAAGUUCAAGAAGCUCAAGCUCAAGAAGCCAUUGCUGUUGAGGAUAAAAAUAUGGAGGUAACGGUACCUGAGGAACCUAGUACCGAAGAAGUCGAUAUACCUGCAACAAAUGAAGAAACUAAAGAGAUUCAAGAUGUUCAACCAAAGGAUGAGCAGAUGGAAGUUGAAGUCGAGGAAAUAAAAUUCAUAAAUGACAAACCUGAUGAAAAUAUGGAUGAUGUGGUGAUCAUUGGUGACAAUAUUGAUAAUGCGAUUACAGAAGAAAAACAUAAUGAUAAUGAUCAAACUGAACAGCAGAUAUAUAUUGAAGAUGAAAAUGCACAAAAUAAGACUACUGAUAAUGAGAAUAUUAGCAAUAAAAAUGUCACUAAUGAAAUUGAUUUUACUGCGGAUGUAUCGUUGGACCAAUUAGGAGAAUGUCAAAAAGAAAUGAACGAUGAAGAUGUCAUGAGUCAUUUGGAUGAGAUCGAGAACAUUGUGCUUGACCCUGCAAGUUUUGGACUUCAAGAGGAAAAUAGCGAGGAUGGAGAUGAUGACAAAAACAAAAAGAAUACUGGAGGAGAAUCUAAUAGAGAUAGAAAUGAAGGAGAAAUAGGAAAUAACUCAACUGAAAAUGCAAAUAAGCCUGCUGAGAAAGUACCUGAGUGGUAUGAAGAAAAGGUUGCAGGUAAAGAAGCUACAGUCAAAGAACGAUUAUCUAAACUUGCUCGUGUAUUGGAGUUUUCUUAUCCUUGUUAUAAAAAUUGGCUUAAACGAAAUGAAGCUUUAGGCGGAACCCCUGUCUGCAAGUUAGAAGCAGCCCGGCGCUGCCCAUUGGAUAAACCACACACUAAUCGUUGGAAAUUCAUAUGCAGCAGAAAGCCUGUACAGGACCCAUCAAAGGCGGACAAGGAGGACAGUGGACAAACAGUCUGGCGGCUGGGUCCGACUGGUCUGUGGAAUUCUAGUACCGAUAAUGCCUUCGAAUUUCCGCCUUUUGUAUUGCGCGCUGUUAAGGUAUUUGAGGAAUUUCUUCAGUCCCUGGAUCAGUUAGAAAGUACUGAACAACCCGAGAAUGCAGAGCAAUCUGAAAACAGUGCGCCGAUGAAUGAAAAUGCUCCCGUCGAAGAUAAGGAAACUACUGGUGAGGCCAAGCAACAAUGGUUGUGGCUUUUGGUUCGUUCCAAUAGAAACGACGAAUUGAUGCUGUUCGUUACUGGUCGAAACAUCAGCCGUAACACCAUGGAUCGCUUAAAGCAGGUCUUCGAGACGGGACGGGGAAAAGAUUGCAAAGUUAAAUCACUGUACUGCAAAUCCAUUGUCAAAGGUGAAAACACAGCAAACAGUACCACGACAUUUUUGGUUGGGUCCGAAGCUUUAGAAGAAACAGUGGGAGGAAUAAAGGUUCAAUUAGCGCCAAAAACGAACUUUUGGUCAAAUGCAACAGGAGCAGAAAGCUUAGGCAAAGCAGUUGCCGAUCUUCUAGCACCAACCCUGAAGACCACAGUCGUCGAAAUUGGAUGUGGCAUUGGUCUCAUUGGAUUGAUGAUGGCAUCUAAAUGCCACCAAAUCAUUGGACUCGAUUCGCCAUCUGAAAUUGAAGAGGCCGAAAUGACUAGUGAAUUAAAUAACAUAAAGAAUGCUUCAUUCGUUAUGGGCCAACCAUCUGAAGUAAUGGCAACAAUUGCCAAAGUAUUAAUGAACUGUAAAGCCGCAGCUAUCAUUAACGCCAACACUAGUAUCGGUCGAGAGAUCGAAGUGAUGAUAGCUCUUCGAAAAAUUAACUCUCUACGUCGAAUUGUAAUGGUUACUACAUUAACCAAACAGUCUGUCCGGGCAAUAUUGGAAUUAACUCGCCCAGCAGCCGAUGGUAUUGGCAAUCCGUUUAUGCCAAUUCGGGCCUGCGUGGUUGACACGUUACCUACAGGACCGCAUUUUGAAGUGGUUAUCUUAAUGGAACGUCGCCUGAUGCAUAAGCUCACACAACCUUGGGCGCCAGGAACGUUACCUAUCACAAAAGCUAGCAUGCAAAAUGCCAACAUUAAUGAUCAGAAUAAAAAAGGUGGUAUAGGUAUCAAUAGAAACCUAAAUAUCAAAGAAAGCCCUCAGAAACGCAAACGUCCAUGGGAAGAAAACGUAGGACCACGCGCGGAUAAGAACGACCUUAGAUCGAGACUAUCAGGCAACAAUCGCAUAGAAAUGGAUCUGGUCAAGGAACAACAAAAGCUUCUUGACCUAACCAAACAAAAAUUGAGUGGGCCAAACGCUGAAGUGGCAACGGCAAAAGAGAUGUUGAACAAGGCUCUGGAGUUAACGAAUAAAAUACAAAAUCAACUCCCACGAUCGGUGUGGGACCGGAUCGAACCGUUGGACAAAGACAGUCGUCCAAAUGAGCGUUUUGUCCAGGGACCAGACCCAGAAGAAGAGUUGGUUGCUUCCGCCUAUAGAGUAUUUGAGCCUCCUCAAAACAUUCAGCGGAAGUAUCAUAAUAUCGCUCCUCAUGAGCCUAAUCUCAAAGUGCCUCUGUCGGGCGAUGAACCCGCAGGUCGACCUUUCUUGGCGGGUCCAGCCGAUCAGCAACCCAGAAUGUCAAAGCAAAGAAGAAAGAAACUGAAGGCUCGUGCUCUGGCCCUGGCGCAGAUACAAGCCAAGGCUCAAGCCGAAGACGAAAAUUGGAACUCUCCGCCGCCAUUCAAGAAAACCGCAUUUUCACCUCCUAGGCGUCGAGUAUCGCCGGUGAGAAGAAUCUCUCCCAAGCGGACGCUGCUUUCACCGCCUAGAAGACCUUGUUCUCCUCCUAGAAGACAUUAUUCCCCAAGACGCGAAUUAUCUCCAUAUGGACUAUCACCACCAAGACGCCAAAUGUCACCUAUGCAUCGUCCUGUAUCCCCGCUUCGCCGACCGAUGUCGCCGACUCUUCGUCGACACGUUUCUCCUCUGCAGCAUCGUAUGUCUCCACCGCGGCAUCAUAUGUCUCCACCUGGACGUCAGAUGUCUCCGCUCCGACAUCACAUGUCUCCACCUAGACGUCAAAUGUCACCGAUGGGUCGGCCUAUGUCCCCGAUGCGACGUGGUAUGUCUCCACCUAGGAGGCAGGCGUCACCUCUUAGACGACCCAUGUCACCAGGCAUGCACGGCGACCUACCUGCGCAAUACAGAAGGCCUCUUUCACCUUCUGGUCGACAUAUGUCACCACCUAGACGAAUUUUGACUCCGCCAGGGUUAAUACUUUCGCCUAGGCGUCAAAUGUCUCCCCCUAGGCGCCAAAUGUCGCCCCUUAGACGACAAAUGUCACCGCCUAGGCGUCAAAUGUCCCCCAUAAGACGAAUGGCGGACGAAUGGGAUAUACCUAGUCGUGGAGCUGUAGAGCAAAGUGGAUGGCAAUCACGACCUGUUGAUCGCAUGUCUGAUCACAUGCCUGAUCGUAUGUCCGAACGUAUGCCCGAACGUAUGCCUGAACGUAUGCCCGACCGUAUGCCCGACCGCAUGCUCGACCGUAUGCCCGAACGUAUGCCCGAACGUAUGCCCGACCGUAUGCCCGAACGUAUGCCCGAACGUAUGCCCGACCGUAUGCCCGAACGUAUGCCCGACCGUAUGCUCGAACGUAUGUCCGAACGCAUGUCUGAACGUAUGCCUGAACGUAUACCUGAACGUAUGCCUGAAAGGAUGCCCGAACGCAUACCCGAACGUAUGCCCGAACGUAUGCCGGAGAAGCACUGGUCGGAUGAAAGACCGGGACCAACUUGGGAACGUCCUGGCCCAAGCGAGUCCUUCAGAGAUGGCAAAGAAUCUGGUAACGAGGGAAUGUGGACCAGCGGAUCUGGGGAUGUCUGGACUAAAAAGUCGACGAUGAAUCGAUGGUCCACUGGAAAUUCGAGCGGACCAGGAGGGGACACCUGGAACACCCGUCCCAAAGAGGCCUUCCCUAAGCCCAGCUUAAGAAACGAGCCUCGUUGGGAACCUCCAGCACCGGGAACCACCGAAUCCUGGAAGCAGUCGGAUAAAGACGAAUGGAACGAGCUCCCCGAGGAUGCCAGAGAUCCUUGGGGCGAUGACGUUAAUACUUCAACUCCCAAGGAACGUUGGAACAAGUUUGACGCUCCCAGCAGCAACAACCCUACGUGGUCUAGACCAGGAGAAAAGGAGAUGACCGAAUCGUGGUCGAAACCUAACGAUGGUUGGUUCAACAAGGGACCCAGGGCAGCACCUCCUUCGGCAAACAAACCACCAUGGCAAUUUGAAGGACCUCAAAGCUCCAACCAGGAACAUCGUUGGGCUCCACUCAACGACGCUGCCAAGAAAAGUGCUCAAUCUGGAAAUUGGCAGGGAUCAACUUCUCUUACUCAAAGCUGGCAGUCCCAAAAUCUUUACUCUGGUCAACAGCAACCAUUUUCCAAUAUAAGUCUUUUUAAGGACAGGCGCUGAUUCGCAUACCCAGGAUCACGAUAUCACUAAACAAGACAUGUUUCCCUAUUACUGAUUACGUUAGAAUAGUUUAUUGCCGAAAUGAUAAUGCAACGUAAGAUUCUUACGUAAACCCAAUUAGAUGUUACUCUGUGGAAUAAGUUCUGUUGUCAUUUUUAAAUCACUUAAUCGUACAGGAUUAUAAAAGGACGAUCAAAAUCUAAAGUUCUGACCUAACUUUAGUGUUUUUUAACUUACAGCAGUAACUAAGUUUUAGAGCUACAUCACCAGUCAUGUGUACUAUUUCUUCAACCAAUACUUUUAUCAGUCGGGAAUUUACGUUUGAUUAAUUGAUACCGAUUCCAUGUUUUAAUAAUUCCAAGAAAUGUUCGUCAUUAGUUGUUUCGUUAUCGGAAUGUUUUUGAAACAUUAUAAGAUGAGAGACGUAGUUUUUUGUUGCAGUAUCUGAUGCUUAAUUAUACUGGAAUUAAAUCAUCGAUAAAAAUGAAAA